AUGACAGGUCAGGUCCUGGGGAAACCGGGCGGCGGGGCUCACAUGGAUGACAGCGCCGCCAUCCGCAUCAACGUGGGCGGCUUCAAGAAGCGCCUGCAGUCCGACACUCUCUCCCGGUUCCCCGAGACGAGGCUUGCGCGCCUGCUCCACUGUCAGUCCAAAGAGUCCAUCCUGGAGCUGUGCGACGACUACGACGACACGGAGAAAGAGUUUUACUUCGACAGGAACCCGGCGCUCUUCCCGUACGUGCUGAAUUUCUACAACACGGGGCGGCUGCACGUCAUGGCCGAGCUGUGCAUCUUCUCCUUCAGCCAGGAGAUCGAGUACUGGGGCAUCAACGAGUUCUUCAUUGACUCCUGCUGCAGCAGCGCCUACCACUGCAGGAAAAUGGACCAGGACCGGGACGACUGGGAAGACAGGAGCGAUGAGGGGAGCACCACCUCGUCGUUUGACGAGCUGUUGGAGUUUUACAGCGACGCCACCAAGUUUGACAAGCAGCUGCUCGGGAGCGCACGGAGGCGCGUCUGGCUAAUGCUGGAUAACCCCGGCUACUCCGUGGCAAGCCGCAUCAUCAGCAUCCUCUCCAUCCUGGUGGUGCUCGGCUCUAUCGCCACCAUGUGCAUGAACAGCAUGAGCGAGUUCAGCCUGCUGGACAGCGAGGGGCAACCCACAGAGGACCCCCGGUUCGAGACUGUGGAGCACUUUGGCAUCGGCUGGUUCACUCUGGAGCUGGUCGCCAGGUUCGUGGUGGCGCCCGAUCUUCUGCACUUCUUCGAGCAUCCGUUAAAUGUGAUCGACCUGGUGUCCAUACUUCCGUUUUACCUGACACUCCUUAUAAACCUGGUGGUGGAGAGCAGCCCGGCGCUGGCCAACCUGGGACGCGUUGCGCAGGUGUUAAGGCUGAUGAGGAUUUUCCGCAUCCUGAAGCUGGCCCGUCACUCCACGGGGCUGCGCUCCCUGGGGGCCACCCUCAGGAACAGCUACAAAGAAGUGGGCCUUCUGCUUCUCUACCUGGCCGUGGGGGUGUCGUUUUUCUCCGUCAUGGCCUACACGGUGGAGAAAGAGGACAGCGAGGACCUCUCCACCAUCCCUGCGUGCUGGUGGUGGGCCACCGUCAGCAUGACCACCGUCGGGUACGGAGACGUGGUGCCGGUGUCCAUAGCGGGCAAGCUGACCGCCUCUGCCUGCAUCCUGGCCGGGAUUUUAGUAGUUGUGCUUCCGAUUACGCUCAUUUUCAAUAAAUUCUCUCUCUUCUACAAGAGACAAAAACAGCUGGAGAUCGCGAUGAGGAGCUGUGAUUUCGACGAGGGGAUAAAAGAGGUGCCCUCGGUCAACCUGAGGAACUAUUACGCGCACAAAGUCAAAUCCCUCAUGGCGAGCUUGUCUAACAUGAGCCGGAGUUCGCCCAGUGAACACAGCCUGAAUGAAUCGAUACACUGA